GUCAAACACCAAAGAAUUCACGUCAACGAUGCGCCAUGGAUCACAGCAGAGUUCAAAAACCUUGUCAGGCUACGCCAGCAAGCAUUUAACAAUGGAGACAAGGAGAGCUACUUUCUCUACCGUAACGCCGUUAAUCGACAGCGUAAAUCGCUCCGCAACAAGUACUUCGCCUCAAAAGUUGACAAUCUUAAGUCCACCAGGCCCUCGCUUUUUUUUCUCAUGAUCAAUGAUCUCAAGGUUGACGCUCUCACAUGGAAGUAUGUGGACGAUACGACAAUUUCCCAAACCAUACCUCGCGGCUCCCUGGGAAAU